UCGCACACCUCCCUCGUUACUUCCGUACUCCAGGCUCAACUACAGUCAUGUCAGAACGUAAAGUUCUAAACAAAUACUUCCCCCCGGAUUUCGAUCCGUCCCUCAUUCCCCGCCGCAGGCAACCCAAGAAUUCUCAACAGGUCGUUCGCUUAAUGGCCCCCUUCUCCAUGCGAUGUAACACUUGUGGCGAGUACAUAUACAAAGGAAAGAAGUUCAAUGCACGGAAGGAGACGGUCGAGGGCGAGGAUUACUAUGGCAUCAAGAUCUUCCGUUUUUAUAUCAAAUGCACGCUAUGUUCCGCGGAGAUCACUUUCAAGACGGACCCCAAGAAUACCGACUAUGCAGCCGAACACGGCGCAUCACGCAACUUUGAGCCAUGGAGGGAGGAGAAGGCCGUCGAGGAGGAGGAUAGACUCGCCAAACUGGAAGAAGAAGAGAACAACCCCAUGAAAGCUCUCGAGAACCGGACUGUCGACUCAAAGCGGGAGAUGGACAUCUUAGAUGCACUACAAGACAUUCGCGCCCGUAACGCCCGUAACGAACGUGUCGGGCAAUCGGUAGAUCUACUCGAGCGUCUGGGAACGGAAGAUAUAGAAACAGAGGAGGAUAGGGAGAGGAAAAUCGCCGAAGAGGAGGACGAGAAAUUGGUGCGAGAAGUCUUUGCAAGGGUUCCCGCUUCGGAGGCGUCUGCUUCUAGUGGUGCAGGGUCGAGUCGGGACGGUGGGACCGAGUCGAUCAUUACAGUGAAGCGUAAGGCUACGACCCAGGAACCUGAGCUCCGGAGUCUUCUCCCCGAGUCGACCCGUGCUCUACUUUCCGCUGCAUCUUCCAUUGGUGCUCCAGCUGCUAAGCGGAAGAAGUUGGAAGUCAAGAGCGGCUUGGGUAUCAGGCUCAAAGGAAAGGCAAAAGCCGCUGUGUAAUAAUAUGUACUGGACUUACUUACAAUGUGUCAUUGUUGCAGCAGAGAGAUUACGACUG